UAAUAAUACAUAGUCACACAAUUGGGUGUGUUUUAUAUAGUGUGUUAUCUUAUAAAAAAAAAAUAAAAAUUGAAAAAACUACUCCAAAUAAUAUACCAAUAAUAAUAAUAACGAAAGCAAUGAGAGAAAAUUAUUAUUAUUUAUUAAAAUAAUAAUAAUAGCCUGGGUGUUUAUACGUCUGUUUCCUGCCAACUCAUCUCAUUGUUUAUAUUUGUUUAUAAUAAUAAGUGUUGUUGUUGUUGUCGUCAUCGUCGUCGUUUUUAAUAUUAUUAUUAUGAUUAAUUAAUUUUAUCAUUGAUUAAUUAUUGACACUGUGUUUGUAUAUGAUAAUCAUAAUAUAAAAAAUGACUAGUACAAUGAUUAGUAGUACUCCAGAAAAUUAUACAAAAUUUUUUGAAUCACUACAAACAGAUCUCAAGACAUUAAGUUCGGAAACGAAAAAAAAAUAUCCACAAAUAAAAGAGUCAUGUGAAGAGGGAAUAGCAAAGCUCAGAACAGCUGUAAAUAAUCCUGGUGCAUCAACAAUAUAUUCAGUUGUUAAUCAAAUAUUAUAUCCAGUUGUACAAGGAUGUGAAAGUAAAGAUUUAAAAAUAAUAAAACAUUGUCUUGGUAUGAUGCAAAAGUUAAUAACACAACAAGCAAUUGAUCAAAAAGGUGCUAGAUAUAUAACAGAUACAUUAUGGGGUUUAAUGGAACUUGGUAUGGAAGAAGUUAAAGUAUUACAAACAGUUACAUUAUUAUUGACAAGUAAUACAAUUGUACAUGGUGAUACAUUGGCUAGAAAUUUAGUACUUUGUUUUCGUUUACAUUUUACAAAAGAUUCAACAACAAUAAAUACUGCUGGUGCAACAGUACGACAAUUAGUAUCAUUAGUAUUUGAACGUGUUAUAUUUGAAGAUGAUGAAUUAAAUAAAUUAAAUAAUAAAAAUAAUAUAAUUAUUGAUAAACAGCUUAUAAUUGAUGAAUUAAAAAAUUUAAAUGGACAAUCACCAAAAGAACUAUCACCAUGUGCUGCUGAUGCAUUUUUAAUGUUUCAAGAUUUAGUACAAUUAGUUAAUGCUGAUCAACCAUAUUGGCUUAUUGGAAUAACUGAAAUGACACGUACAUUUGGUCUUGAAUUAUUAGAAUCUGUAUUAACAAAUUUUUCAUCUGUAUUUAUAAAACAUCCAGAAUUUAGUUUUUUAUUAAAAGAAAGAGUAUGUGCUCUUGUUAUUAAAUUAUUUUCACCAAAUAUAAAAUAUAGAAAUUCCGUACCAGCAUCAGUACAACAAGCAACACCACUUGAUAAACCAUAUUUUCCAAUAAGUAUGAGAUUAUUAAGAGUUGUAUCAAUAUUAAUACAAAAAUAUCAUUCAAUUCUUAUAACUGAAUGUGAAAUAUUUCUUUCAUUAAUUGUAAAAUUUUUGGAUCCAGAUAAACCAACAUGGCAACGUGCAUUGGCACUUGAAGUAUUACAUAAAAUGACUGUACAUACUGAUUUAUUAACAAAUUUUUGUGAAUGUUAUGAUUUAAAACAACAUACAACAAAUAUAUUUCAAGAUAUUGUUAAUAGUCUUGGUGCUUAUGUACAUAGUUUAUUUAUAAAUCCAUCAAUAAAUAGUAAUUUAUCAGGUAAUAAUUCAUCAAGUGGUGUUAUGUCACAACAAGGCUCAUCACCAACUUUACUUGCUGGUUUACCAGUUGGUCCUGGUAUAUCACCACAACCUGGUUUUUAUUCACGUGGUAUUUGGCUACCAGUUGUUGCAACAUUUACAAAUGGUCAAGCUAAACCAGUAUAUCUUGAAAUGCUUGAUAAAAUUGAACCACCACAAAUACCAGAUGGUUAUGGUAUAAGUAUUGCAUAUGCUUGUUUAUUAGAUAUUAUUGGUUCAAUAUCAUAUGGUAUUAUUGGACCACCAAAAGAAUCUGGUAAUUCUGAUAAUAAUUAUAAUCCAACUGAGACACAAAAAAAACUUCAUAUACAAUUAAUAAAUUCAAGUUGGUGUGGUCUUUUAGCAGCACUAAGUCCACUUGUUGAUGCAAGUACUGAUGAAUCAGCAACUGAAAAUGUUUUAAAAGCAAUACAAACAUUUGCAUCAUUAUGUGGUUUAUUAGAAUUACAAAUACCACGUGAUGCAUUUAUAACAGCAAUAUGUAAAGCAUCAUUACCACCACAUUAUGCAUUAACUGUAUUAAAUACAGCACCACAAGGUUCUAUAUCAUCAAUUAAUUCUAAUAAUUUAUCAUUAACAUCAGCUAUAUCAAUAACACCAACACCAUCAUCAUCAUCAUCGUCAUCAUCCUCGUCAUCAUCACCAACAACAGCAACAACAACACCAGCAUCAUCAUCGUCGUCAACAUCAACAUCAUCAUCAACAACAACAACACCAGCAACAGCAGCAGCAACAUCAACAACACCUGGUACAACAAUACGUAGUGGACAGCAACAACAACAACAACAACAAGAAACAGCAUCAUGUCAAUAUAAUCCAUCAACUAGUCAUUUAAUGGGUGAUGCACUUGAUUAUAGACAACAAGUUGUUGCUGUUGGUACACCAUUACCAACAUCAUCAUCACCAAUUGGUAGUCAACAUCAAGGACCAGUUAUGUUAACAGCAAAAAAUUUACAAUGUAUGAGAGCAUUAUUAAUGCUUGCACAUUGUCAUGGUAGUAUACUUGGUAGUGCUUGGCAUUUAGUAUUAACAACAUUACAACAUUUAGUAUGGAUACUUGGAUUAAAACCAUCAACUGGUGGUUCAUUAAAAGCUGGAAGAACAGCAACUGAUUCAAAUGCUGUAUUAACAACAGCUGUUAUGGCUGAUUUACCAGUUUUAAGUGCAAUGUUAAGUCGUUUAUUUGAAAGUAGUCAAUAUCUUGAUGAUGUUGCUUUGCAUCAUUUAAUUGAUGCACUUUGUAAAUUAAGCCAAGAAGCUAUGGAACUUGCAUAUACAAAUCGUGAACCAUCAUUAUUUGCUGUUGCAAAAUUACUUGAAACUGGUAUUGUUAAUUUAUCACGAGUUGAAGUAUUAUGGAGACCAUUAACAAAUCAUUUACUUGAAGUAUGUCAACAUCCACAUAUUAGAAUGCGUGAAUGGGGUGUUGAAGCAAUAACAUAUCUUGUUAAAGCAUCAUUACAAUAUAAAUAUAAAACACCAUUACGUGAUAAUCAAAAAUUACAAACAUUAUUACUUGGUCCAUUAUCAGAAUUAUCAACAGUUAGACAUGCUGAUGUACGUCAACGUCAACUUGAAUGUGUAUUACAAAUAUUACAUGGUGGUGGUGAAUCAUUAUAUCAUGGAUGGCCAUUUGUACUUGGUAUUAUUGGUGCUGUAUCUGAUAAUCAUAGUGAAAAUUUAGUACGUAUUGCAUUUCAAUGUUUACAACUUGUUGUUACUGAUUAUUUACCAGUUAUGACAUGGAGAUGUUUACCAUUGUGUGUUGAUACUGCUGCUAAAUUUGGCUCACAAACACAAGAAUUAAAUAUAUCAUUAACAGCUGUUGGUCUUAUGUGGAAUAUUAGUGAUUAUUUUUUUCAAAAUCAAGAAAAAUUAUCAAAUUCAUUAAAGAAAAAUGAUAAUAAUAGUACAAAUGGUACAAAUUUUGUUCAAACAAUUAAUGUAUUUCCAGAUUUUCCUGGUACAAUUAAUAUGCCAACAUUUGAUAAAUUAUGGAUGUGUCUUUAUGCAAGACUUGGUGAUCUUUGUGUUGAUAGUAGACCAGCUGUUAGAAAAUCAGCAAGUCAAACAUUAUUUUCAACAAUAUCAGCACAUGGUGGUUUAUUAAAUCAAUCAACAUGGCAAGCUGUAUUGUGGCAAGUAUUAUUUCCACUUUUGGAUAAAGUUAGAAAUUUAUCAAGUUCAGCAAGUAAUGAAAAAGUUGAUACAAGUGGUAAUAUAUUAAUACAUCAUAGUAGAAAUACUGCACAAAAACAAUGGGCUGAAACACAAGUAUUAACAUUGAGUGGUGUUGCUAGAGUAUUUAAUACUAAACGACAAUUAUUACAAAAUCUUGGUGAUUUUCCAAGAGCAUGGUCAUUAUUACUUGAAUUUAUUGAAUAUUCAGCAUUAAGUAAAAAUAAUGAAGUAUCACUUGCUGCAUUAAAAUCAUUUCAAGAAAUACUAUGGUUACAAAAAAAUGGUGAUAAUAAUAAUAAUAAUAAUAUUGAUAAUAAUUUAAAUAAAAAUAAUACAAAUGAAUUUGAUAAUUUAUGGGUUAUUGUAUGGCGUGUAUGGUUAAAUAUUGGUAUUGAAAGUUCAACACCACCUGUAAAAACAACAACAUCAUCAAUUGAUAAUAACAAUGAUAUGAAUUUAUGUACAAAUGAUAUAAUAUAUGUACCAUCACAAGCAUUUUUAUCAGCACUUGUACAUAUAUUUCCAGCAAUAUUUCAUAAUAUUAAAAAUAAAUUAAAUAAUAAUGAUCUUGAUAAAUUAUUUAUGGUAUUAAAAAAUGUUGUACAAGUACCAGUACAUGGUGAAUCAACACCAUAUAUAUUACCAACAAUAACUGAUGUUGUAUUAACACAAUUACAAGAUGGUGUAUUACAAUCAAUGGAAUUAUUACAAAAAGAAGCAUUAAAUAAUUAUCCUCAUAAUAUGAAUAAAAUGAUUAAAUUAAUAUUUAUACAAUUAUUAAAUUUUUCAAAAUUAUCAUGUAUAUUACCGCCGACAUAUGGUAAAUUAAUUGUUAAAAAUUAUCCAACAUUUAUACGUGGUACAUCAUCAGUUGAUUGGGUUACAAUGAAUUAUGUACCAUUUGGUGAAAAAUCAUUGUCAAUGGCUGUUGCAUUAUAUGAAAAAACAGCAUCUGAACAAGUUGUUAUUAAUGAAAAUAUAUUAAAACAUAUUAUUGAAGCAUUACGUGUACCAUUAUCAAUGAAAUAUUCAUGUCCAUCAUCGACGACAUGGAAACUUGCUGUAACAAGUUUAUUAACUGUUCUUCAUACUGGUUUACCAUUAGCUAGAAAAUAUAAUGAUAAAUUUGAAACAAUGUGGCCAAUACUUGCUGAUACACUUGAUGAAUUUUUAUUUCCAAAAUCAUCAUCAACAACAACAACAACAGCAACAAUACCAUCAUCAACUGGAGCAGCAGCAGCAGCAGUAAAUGCAUCAUCAUCAUCAACAAUACCAACAGCAACAACGACAAUGAAUAUUGAAAGAAAUUUAGAAGAAAUACAAGCUGAUGAAGCUGUUGAUUGUCAAGUUAUGGAAUUAUUACGUGAUCAAGUAUUACCACAUUCAAAAAAUAUACCACAAGAAUUUAUAUUUAAAGUUGUUAUGUUAUUAAAUAAAGGCUCGAUACAUUCAGCAACAUCAUUUAAUAAUCAUGAUUUAUCAAUUAAUUGUGAAACAAAAUUACGUGAAGAAUUUGCUAAAACAUGUUUUGAAACAUUAUUACAAUUUUCAUUGCUUGAUGGUUUAAAUAAUGUUGCUGAUUUUUCAUUAUCACAUAUGACAAAUGAUACUACAAGUAAUAAUAGUAAUAAUAAUCCAACAACAACAACAGAUAUUGGUAAAUUUGAUUGUGAUCAAGGUGGUGUUGCCGGUAGAUUAGCUGUAACAGCAUUAUUACACAGAUUUCAAGAAGUAUUAUAUCGUUUUAUUGAAGAUGAAAAAAAAAGUGGUAAAUGUCCAUUACCAAGAUACAGAUUAUCUGAAAUAUCAUUUGUAUUAAAAGCAAUUGCAACACUUGUUGUAUCAUUAAAAAAAGCACCAUUAAAUAAAGUUGAUAGAUCUGUAUGGAUACAAUUAAUUGCUCUUUAUCCAUGUUUAGUUGAAUGUAAUAUUGCAACAGCAUCAUCACAAGUAUCAAGAUCAUUGCGUGAAGCAUUAAUGGAAUAUCAUGAUUUAUUAAAACCACCAAGUGAAACAAUAUCUGUGUCAUCAACAAAUGGUGUUUAAUAAUGUUUUUAUAAUUUUAUUUGUAUUGUUAUUUCUUUUUUUUUGUAAAAUUAUUUAAUAAUAAUAAUAUAUUACUGAUUAAUUAAUAAGUCACCAAAAAAAUAAAUGAAAAUAAGUGAAAAAACAUUUUAAUAAUUAAUAUUCAAAAUAAAUCUAUAAUUGAAAAAUGAAAUAUUAUAAUACUUUGUGGUGUGGAUGAAAGUUCAACUAUUGUUUUUUAAUCAUUUAGUAAUAAUAUUAUAACGAGG